AUGAUUUACGGUCCUGGCAUCCGUAUGAGUCCCCUACGAACGGGCGGCAGCGGAAUAUAUUGUGGGCGGCUUCGGAAGUUUAUUGUGGGCGGCUUCGAAAGGUUAUUGUGGGAGUCUUCAGAAUUUUACUGUGGGCGGCUUCGGAAGUUUACUGUGGGCGGCUUCGAAAUUUUAUUGCGGGCGGCUUCGGAAGUUUAUUGUGGGCGGCUUCGAAAGUUUACUGUGGGCGGCUACGGAAGUUUACUGUGGGCGGCUUCGGAAGUUUAUUGGGGGCGGCUUCGGAAGUUUACUGUGGGCGGCUUCGGAAGUUUAUUGUCGGCGGCUUCGAAAUUUUAUUGCGGGCGGCUUCGGAAGUUUAUUGUGGGCGGCUUCGGAAGUUUACUGUGGGCGGCUUCGGAUGUUUAUUGUGGGCGGCUUCGGAAGUUUACUGUGGGCGGCUUCGGAAGUUUAUUGUGGGCGGCUUCGGAAGUUUAUUGUGGGCGGCUCCGGAAGUUUACUGUGGGCGGCUUUGGAAGUUUAUUGUUGGCGGCUUCGGAAGUUUAUUGUGGGCGGCUGCGGAAGUUUACUGUGGGCGGCUUUGGAAGUUUAUUGUGGGCGGCUUCGGAAGUUUACUGUGGGCGGCUUCGGAAGUUUAUUGUGGGCGACUUCGGAAGUUUACUGUGGGCGGCUUCGGAAGUUUAUUGUGGGCGGCUUCGGAAGUUUACUGUGGGCGGCUUCGGAAGUUUACCGUGGGCGGCUUUGGAAGUGUAUUGUGGGCAGCUUUGGGUGUUUAUCGUUGAUGACUUUGGGAUGUGGGCGGCUUCAAAUAUAUACCUUUCGGGGUGUCGGAAGCCUAUUGUAGGCGGCUUCGAAAGUAUACUGUGGAGCUUCGGAAGUUUACUUUGGGCGCCGUCAGAAGUAUACUCGGGGCGGCAUCGGAUCUGUGUAACUUAUGCAACGGACGUUUACGAGCGGCGAAGAGAAAGGAGGGUUCGCAAGGGUACGGCUUUGAUGGCUUCGUAA